AUGGAACCUGGCCCUGCAGUUCCUGCCUACAUACUUCGAGGCCAUGAAGCAGCCAUCCAUGCCCUUCACUUCUACGCUAGCAACGCCCUACUUGCCUCUGGAGACAGCGACGGGUGGAUGGUCAUAUGGAGUCUCUCUUCCAAACGACCCGUGGCGGUGUUCAAGGCGCAUGACGGGGGCAUCCUGCAAAUCAAGCACUGGACAACCAAUCGAUUAAUAAGCCACGGGAGAGACCAUAAACUCCGUGUCUGGCAGCUUCGACAGGAAGAUUUCGCAGGUCUCAGUACAAAAUUGCCGAACGACUCGAAUGAUACCACAUCAGAAGCGGUAGCAUCAGCAUCAACUCAUCCUCAGCCAUGGCUCCUUCAUUCCUUGUCGGUCAACGCCCUCAACUUCUGCGCCUUCUCCAUGUGCCAUCAGGAUCCACGACAGCCUACGAGCGAGGAACCUGCGCCUCAACUCAUUGCCUCACCCAACGGCCUCGACUCGGGCGGGAUUGACAUCUUCCAACUCCCAUCGGAGAGACGGGUGUCGCAGAUCCGGUCAGACACAGCCGGCCCAGCAGGGAUGGUGAUGGCUGUGUGCCUUUUCCACCAGACGACAGGACCAGACUUGCGACUCGUCCUUAUAUCGGGCUACGAGGAUGGACGAAUUGCGAUCCACACCCACCAGGGGAAUCUGGGCGACCCAGAUGGACCACCAGGGUGGCAGAAACUCACCAGCUGCGACAGAGCACACACACAGCCCAUCCUGUCGCUCGCCAUGCUCCCUUCCAGUUCCAGAACACACUUUUUUACAUCCGGCGCCGACUCGCUGAUCUCCAAAUUCUGCCUGCCUUCGUCCCUCGCCGAUAUGCACGCACAGGACCUGCAGAGCGAAAAGUGCAUUAACACAAAACAUUCUGGCCAGCAAGGGCUCAGCGUGCGCUCCGACGGCAAGAUCUUUGCCACCGCGGGCUGGGACGGGCGCGUGCGCGUCUACUCGUGCAAAACGAUGAAGGAAUUGGCCAUACUGAAGUGGCACAAGGUGGGAUGCUAUUCGACCGCUUUCGCAGUCAUCGAUCCUGUCGUUACUCAUGAGGCUGGUGGUGACGCGGGUAAUGUUCUUUCUACUACUGCUUCACCUGCUAGUAUGGGCGACGGGGCUAUAUUGUCGACUUAUACCGCUGCAAAAGACCUCACGAAACCCAUGAACGCGCUCGACACGAUCAAACAGCAACGCGAAGAGAAAGCUCGACGGACACAUUGGCUAGCUGCGGGCGGCAAAGACGGCAAAAUUUCAUUGUGGGAUAUCUACUAA